AUAUGGAUGCCUUCGGACUUGGGUUACCUGUUGUUAGAGAUACUGUACAUUGACGUAUUCACGAUAUCUGGACCGUACGAUUAAGAUCGCUCAGCUCAAAAUUUUCAUGAAGAUCGGACAGUAGACAUGUCUUAAAAUUUAAGCCGUCCGAUCAACGAUUAGACGGCCUAGAUUCGGUGACUACGAGAAUGUAGGAUUCACGACUCCAUGGAAUCCAUUUCAUACCUUAUCCAUUCUAGGAAAUUUUUUUGUCCUCACUUUCUUGAGACCAAACGAAAGCCAUUCUUUUCCCUUUGUCUGCACAUGUUCCAAGCCUCGGAUUAAUCACCACCUCAACGGUUGAAAAUAUUAAAUUAGAGAUAGCCGGCCAUAGGAUACUGAGAGAAUAUCUUUUGGCUGUGUUUAAAUUGGGUUGCAUGUCUCACGUUGAUCCGCUACCCAACACUAUCUUGUGAAAGACGAUGGUGAAACACUUAAAUUGCUCAAUUUUGAGUUGCAGGCUAUGCUGAAGAGAGUUGUUCACUCGUUAGGCUUGGCAGAGCAAACUGAUAAAAAAGGCUCCAAAUCCAGAAACAAAACACCCCCUGAUUUCAGCACACAAUCAAAGGAUUUUGUUGUGAGGAUAACUCAUGCAGGUGGACAACAGGAGCUGUAUAGACAUGCAGUUCCUGCAGCUAAGUUGAUGACAAAGUAUCCAGGGAUGUGCGUUGCGACGCCGCAGGUCUUCAAAGUUCCUCACCACUCUGUGCUAUGGCGAGAGGAUCUCUUGCUACCUGGUCACAAGUACAUCCUGAUCCCGUUUAAAGAUGUCGAGAAGCUGAAACGUAAGCAUCCAGAGCGUGGCAAUGGCAAAGCACCAAAUGGAGUGGUGGUGUCCAGAGAGACACUUGACGCACACUCCAGGUCUCCGAGUGGACACCACACACCCAAACAGAAUGGCAAAUUCAAAGUGCCUAAUGGGGUAGCACUGGGUGGUGCUGAAAUCACAGGGUCUCCCAGUGGACACAGUCACAAAGAAAAUGGCAAAAUGAAAGAGCCAAAUGGAGCUGCAAGCCAGGAGAUGUUGGAAAAAAGGACAGCUCUGACUCCAAGGGAAGAUGUAGUGAACACAAAGAUGGAUGAAUCUCUUGUGGAGGACUCUUUUAAUUGUGCAAAGGACUUCUAUGUGCCUAAGGAGAAGUCACCUAGACCUCCAAGACGAAAAGGAAUAACAUCAAAGAAGCCUUUUAGGCCACCACUUCCAAGGACAAGAUAUUAUCGGGGUUUAGGAUGGCAACCUAGCCUCCCAACUGUGAAGGAGAUCUCUCCUUGAUUUUGGUAUUGCAACGCCUUUUCUGGUUUGACACUGGGCGUGUCAAAAUCAAUUCUGGAUACAAGCUUCUGUGAAUAGAUUCGGGAUGUCAGAGGUGAUUUUAAAGAAAGAAGCUAAUUCAAACAUGCUAUAAUUCCUCUUCAUGGAGGUCAUAUAUAGCUGUUACAUUUGAUUAAUAAAAUCCAAACAAUAUCCUCCA